CGCUGCAGCGGCCGGGCCUAUGCGGGCAGUCGGUGGUCCGUGACCCCCCCGCGCUGGCGGGUGGGACCCCCCGCCAGGUUGGCGCAAAAUGUACGGAACAGAGGAGCGGAGGCCGCGCUGAGCCAGGCAGAGCCAUGAGCCAUCAGGUCCUGCUGCUCCUGCCCGUGCUGACUCUGGGCCUGGCUACCUCCCAGCACCGGGACCAGGCACCCUGUAAGACGGUGGACAAAGAGGCCUUGUGCCAGGGCCUUGGCCUGCUUCAGGUCCCCUCAGCCCUCCCGCUGGACAUCCAGGCCCUCGAUCUAUCUGGGAACCAGUUGCAGAGUGUCCUGGCCUCACCCUUGGGCUUCUACAAGGGCCUUCGUCACCUGGACCUGAGUGACAACGAGAUCAGCUUCCUGCAGCCUGGAGUCUUCCAGACUCUGCCCCAUCUGGAACACCUCAACCUGGCUCACAACCGCCUGGCCAUGGGUCCUGGUGGUCUGGGACCCCUGCCACAUGUGGCCUCCCUGGACCUGUCUGGGAACAGCCUGCACGGCAGCCUGGUGGAGCGGCUGCUAGGUGAGGCGCCGAGCCUACGUACGCUUUCGCUGGCGGAGAACAGCCUCACGCGCCUGGCACGCCACACCUUCGGGGGCAUGCCCGCGCUCCAGAGGCUGGACCUUCACAGCAAUGUGCUGAUGGACAUCGAGGACGGUGCCUUCGAGGUUCUGCCCAACCUGGUCCACCUCAAUCUGUCCAGAAACUCCCUCACCUGUAUCUCAGACUUCAGCCUCCAGCAGUUGCGUGUGCUGGACCUGAGCUGCAACAGCAUCGAGGCCUUUCAGAUAGCCCCGCACGCACGUGGUCAGUUCCAGCUGGCCUGGCUCGACCUGAGGGAGAACAAGCUGCUGCAGUUUCCUGACCUGGCUGCACUCCCGAGACUUAUCCACCUGAACGUGUCCAGCAACCUCAUCCAGCUGCCCACGGGACUGCCCCAGGCCAGUGGGGGCCUCCACGCACCUUCGGAGGGCUGGUCGGCUUUACCCCCGUCCAGCCCCAGUUGGAACACCAGCACCCACCCCCUCCCCCAACUCUUGAACCUGGACUUGAGCUACAAUGAGCUUGAGCUCGUCCCUGACAGCUUUCUUGAGCCACUGACCUCCCUGCGCUUCUUGAACCUCAGCCGAAACUGUCUGCAGGUCUUCCAGGCCUAUCGCGCAGGCGCUCUGCCCUGCCUGGUGCUCCUGGACUUGAGUCACAAUGGGCUGGAGGCUCUGGAGGUGGGUGCUGGGGCCCUGGCAUCCCUGAGGACGCUGCUCCUGCAGGACAAUGCCCUGCAGAACUUGGCACCCUCCACCUUUACCAGCCUGACCAGCCUGCAGAGGCUCAACCUUCAGGGAAACCAAGUCAGCCCAUGUGGGGGGCCGGCUGAGCCAGCGCUCCCAGGCUGUGUGGCCUUCUCUGGCAUCCCCAGUCUCCGCGUCCUGAACGUGGCGGGGAACUCAGUGGGGAUGCUCAGGGCAGGCACUUUCCUCCACACCCCACUUACGGAGCUGGACCUGUCUGCCAACCCUGGUCUGGAUGUGGCCACGGGAGCCUUGGCGGGUCUGGAGGCCUCCUUAGAGGUGCUGGCCCUGCAGGGCAACGGGCUGACUGUCCUGCAGGUGGACCUGCCCUAUUUCCGCUGCCUCAAAUGGCUCAACCUCGCCGAGAACCACCUCAGCCACCUGCCUGCCUGGACGCAGGCUGUGUCCCUGGAGGUGCUGGACCUGCGGAACAAUAGCUUUAGCCUCCUGCCAGGCAGUGCCAUGGGUGGCCUGGAGACCAGCCUCCGGCGCAUCUACCUGCAGGGCAAUCCGCUCAGCUGCUGUGGCAACGGCUGGCUGGCAGCCCAGCUGCAUCGGGGCCGCGUGGACGUGGACGCCACACAGGACCUGACCUGCCACUUGGGCUCCCAGGCAGAGGUGUCCCUGAGCCAUGUGCGUCCUGAGGACUGUGACAAGGGCGGGCUCAAGAAUGUCAACCUGAUCAUCAUCCUCACCUUCACGUUGGUCUCUGCCAUCGUCCUCACGACACUGGCUACCUGCUGCUGCGUCCGCAGGCAAAAGUUUAACCACCAGUACAAAGCCUGAUAAAGCUGGGAGACCCUUC